GGGGGGGGGUAGUAUCGAGAACGCCAACGAAUCCACAUUUUGUCCGGUACUUAAUCGAGCAAAAUCUCAACUCCUGACCACGAUCAACAAAAACAAAAAUGCCCACACACAAUUAAUACUAUCAUAGCAGACUUUAGCUUGAGGAAAAUAAAGGGAAGGGUUGUGCUUAAUGCAGAAUGAGAGAAGGAUAGAGGGAGACAGAGAGAGAGAGAAAGAGUAAGAGAAAUGAACCGAAAAAUCGCAAUCGUUUCAAAUCGCUUCACCACGUUGCGCGUUGGGCAGCUGGGCGCAUGUUGGAUAGCAUGUUGCGCGCAUCCACCAUCGCGAGAAGCUCAGUUACGAACGAACGCCGCACGCAAACACAGGUGCCAACAGAAGGCGUCUGCACGAAUCGGUCGGCACUUGGUGCAUGUCGCUAAGCAUUCCACUAAGUGAAACAAACAUAUCCGUGUGUUGCAAAGUGGAUCUUUGUGUACUAUUCCAUAUAUUCUGUAAUACGUGUAUGAGUGGAAGGGUUUAGUGCGUGUCGCGAAUGCAUAUGUUUGAAUGGGUGAUAUGAACGAUUCUAACGAAUCGUCGGCAACCUAACUUGUGGUGAAAAUUAGUUUCGUGCCCAACAACAAUUGACUAAAGCAAACUGCACCACAACCAUUCUGUUACGCCAUCAUCCUUAAACGCGCUGGUUACAAACGCAAAGUUGUGUGAACACGAAACCGAAUGCAUCAUACACUACACUAGAUCACUCCAGUGUCCAACAAUCUUCCCGACGGCAUGAUGGCUAACGGAACACCCACGAAUAUCUCCUUCCCGGGAUGGCUAUUAGUGGUGGUUGCAAUUAUUUACUGGUAUCAACCAUUGGUGGCAUCAUACAAUGUAGCAGAGCAUAGACUGGACUAUAUUAAGUUGGGUGAAGGUCGUGAGUAUAACUAUCACUACAAUGAUGGUGUAGCAUCCGGGUAUGACAAGCGUAAAUUUUACAAACGCCCGCAAGCUUUCAAGCAGCCAUACACGCUGAAGAACUUUCCAUCGCCAGUCGAGCAGAUUGCCACAAAUGAAUUUCAGACGCAUCCGCAGCAAACCUACAUCUCGCAGGAAAGCCUGAUGCCGGUGUACGAGUCGCACGAGAAAACGGUUCAGUACGUACCGGUGGACUAUGGUACCACAAAAUCAACUGCCAGCCAAAGGGAAUCGCAGCCAUACACGUUGACGCAGUCGGGUGGCCCCGUUUCUUAUACGGGCAGUUUAGCGGAGCGGGUCAUCCAGAUGAUUCAAUUGCAUCAUCCGCCAAGUGCAAAGAAUGUCAGUGUCGUUGGUGCAACCAGCAGCAGUAGUAGUAGUAGCGGAAGUGGGACAGGCAGCAGCACAGUACACUUCCAAGCUCCAAGUGUACAGUACCACCAACAUCCCGGAAGUUACCAGUAUUUCAAUGCACAUCCAGCACCAGCUGAGUACGAGCUGGUACGACCCAUAAGUAACUUUCCACCACCAAGGCCUUACAUUGCACCGGCAUUGACCACUACCAGGGCACCGUAUGUAGCUCCAUUUCUGCAAAGAACAUCCACCACAACUACCACGACUACAACGACCACGCCUGCUCCACCGACCAGGCGACCGUACAUAGCACCGGGGGUCACGAACGAUCCGCUACUGAACUCAGUGUCCCUCGCCAACCAGCUUAAGUAUACCAGCGUCAGUCAGCAAGCGGCAGCUAAUCGGCCGGUGACCGCGGGUAGCAAUGGCAGUGGCAAUCCGUUGAAACCAUACGAGCCCGAGUUUGACAUAGACAUACGAAUCGAUUUGCGCGAUGAUUCCGCGUAGUGUUCAUAAAUCUAUUCUAGCAUAAUUUAAGCUGCCUACUUCCAUACACCAUUAUUUCAUAUGCCAACGUGACAAAUAAAAUGCUCAAUGCCGAAAUCGAA